AUGGCAGGUCAGGUCCGUCAGCAAAUUGAUCAGCUUUCGCUAGAGCAAUACAUAUCUCGCAAUAUUCCUGAUAUCAAGCCUCCGAUUAUGCUGAAACAGGUAGGAGAUAUGAGACUCUCUGUAGUAUGGCCAGACUAUGUUAAAUUCUCGACUAACAUCGCUAUUUCUUCCCAGUUCGGCUUUGGCCAGUCAAACCCUACAUAUCAGAUCACGGAUGCCAAUCAACAAAAGUUCGUUCUGCGCAAGAAGCCGCCAGGAACCCUGGUCUCGAAGACUGCCCACAACGUCGGACGGGAGUUCAAGAUUCUUCAGGCGUUGGAAAAAACCGAAGUUCCCGUGCCGAAAGUCUAUAUCAUGUGUGAAGAUGAGACGGUGAUUGGCACACCGUUUUACAUCAUGGAAUUUCUCGAUGGAAGGAUCUUCGAGGAACCAACUAUCCCCAACGUCACCAGCGAUGAACGGAAAGAAUUGUAUGGCAGACUUUACCAAGGCCUUCCAACUCCAAGCGCUUCACUAAUCUAA